AUGGAACCCAAGCUGGACCCUCAACAGCGGCAGCGGCAGCAACAGCCACAUCCAUGGAGAGCGUACGACCGAUCAAAACUUUCUUCCCGCUUGCGAGUCGCUCUUGUUGCGGUUGCGAUAAUUGCGCUGUUACUACACAGUCUGGAGCGGCUGCUGCCUCCACAGUCAGGUAUCCUUGUACCAUCGGGUGACAAAGUCCACGACACUUCUCUAUCACCCUUUCGAUGGUCAAGUAUCGAACCUUCCAAAGAACUGGAAUACCACGACUGCUACGAUGGCCUUCAAUGUGCUCGACUUGAUGUCCCCAUGGACUAUCACGCACCACCCGGCUCCCUUGAUCGCGUCGCCCUCGCCAUCAUCCGAAAACCCGCCAAAGUCCCCGUCAGCGAUCCUCGGUAUGGGGGCGCCGUGCUCAUCAAUCCUGGCGGUCCCGGCGGUUCCGGCGUCGCAAAGCUCCUGUAUCACGGCUCUCAGAUCCAACAGGUCGUCGAUUCCGACCGACCUGUCACUGCCCACUUUGCCCACGACUCUUCCGGCUCUGAAAAGUACUUCGACAUCAUCGGCUUUGACCCGCGAGGAAUCAACCAUAGCACGCCUCUUCUGACGUGUUUUCCGGAUAAUUUUGCCCGCCAGAUCUGGAACAUGCAAACUGAAGCGGAAGGGAUCCUGGGCAGCUCAGAGGGGUCGUUGCGCAUCAACUGGAGACGAGCAAGGGCGUUUGCAGAUGGAUGUUCGCGACGGCUGGAAUCAGACCAGAACAACAACAAUGCGACGAAUUUCCUGGAACAUGUCAAUACCACGCCCGUGGCAAGAGAUAUGCUCGAGAUCAUCGAACGGCAUGGACAAUGGCGAGCGAAGCAGGGAAGCCAAGCUCAAGCGAUACAUGACAUGAUGCACGGUCAUGAUCCCAGCCAGCAAAUCGUGGAACGAACGAAAUGGCAACCAGGCGAAGAACAACUGCUUUACUGGGGCUAUUCGUAUGGGACCCUUCUCGGCGCGACAUUCGUGGCGAUGUACCCGGAUAGAGUGUCUCGAGUCGUCCUUGACGGCGUGGUUGACGCGCAAGACUACUACAAUGGGCCCUGGCUACAGAAUCUCCACGACACCGACAAGAUUCUCCACAAGAUCAUGGACUACUGCUCCGAAGCUGGACCCGGGCCCGAGGGAUGUGCGUUCUGGAGACCUGGCGGUCCUCAAGCCAUACUCGCCGCGUACGAGAAACUCCUGCACGACAUCUGGGACGAUCCCUUGUCGGUCGUGGGCAGCGACACGCGCGGCCCCGAAAUCAUCACCUGGACAGACCUCAAGAUGCUGAUCAGAGACGCGUUGUACCAGCCGGUCAUGCUGGGUCCACUCAUGGCGGAGCUCAUGCAAGACGUCACCAAUGGCACCGGGAGCUUGUUCGCCACGUACAAGCAAUCCGCACGCAAACCGGCCUGUCGCUCUGCGCAGUGUGAAGUCGCGGGCCCGUUCUCCGAGGAGUGUGUCGCGCCGGAUUGGAAUGAGCUUGAGGCGACGUCGGCGGUCCUCUGUACGGAUGCCCAAGAUAUCGGGAGUCUCACGGAAGACGAGUUUCAGGCCUAUUGGCGUGUGUUGCAAGGCCAGAGCAGUGCGAUGGGCGAUUACUGGGCCCAAACGCGCUUGAGUUGCGCGGGAUGGGCGACAAGCCCCAAAUGGCGGUUCCACGGGCCUGUUGCGGCGAAUAAUACGGCUCAUCCGGUAUUGUGGAUUGCGAAUACUCUUGACACCGUGACACCGUUGCAGAGUGCGAAGAAGAUGAAUGAGCGCUUCCCCGGCAGUGUGCUCCUUCAGCAGGAUGCGGAGGGCCAUUGCUCGAUCACGGCCCCGUCGCUGUGCACGGCGAAAUCGGUAAGAAAGUACUUUCAAACGGGGACGUUACCGGAGCCGGGUACGGUGUGUAAGUCGGACGUGAAGCCAUUUGGGGUGAAAAAGAAGACGACGCCGGAGGAGGAUGGAUUGGAUAUGAAUAUCAACAACCAUGUGGGAUGGAGCGAGGAUGACGUCCGGCUUCUGAAGGCUUUGAUGGAAAUGGCUGAGACGGCAAGUUCAAUCGGACGUUGGUGA